AUGUCUGAUAUCAACGCCAUUGCCAAACAGUUCACAGACUUCUACUACUCCACAUUCGACACCAACCGUGCCAGCCUGCAGAGUCUCUACCGCGAGCAAUCGAUGUUGUCGUGGGAGGGCUCUCCGAUUUUAGGUGCAGCCAACAUCUCUGACAAGUUGACGACACUGCCAUUCCAAACCGUUCAACACAAGAUUACUACUCUUGAUGCGCAGCCGUCAUCGCCCACCGUGGCGAGUUUGAUCGUCAGUGUGACCGGUCUUUUGCUGGUCGACGACAGCACAAAUCCCCUGCAGUUCAGCCAAGUCUUCCAGCUCAUACCUGACGGCGGGAGCUACUAUGUCUACAACGAUAUCUUCCGACUCAACUACGGAGCAUAA